ACCCACAAAAGCAAAACAAAGCAAGGAAAGGAAGGGAAGAAAACGCAAUUGCGUCUCAAACUAGAGGAUAAAACCAAUUUGCAUCGCACCCGCAAAGCGAAAAUGUCGGAAAUCAAGGCGUUGGAGCACGCCACCCUGAAAGUGCCAUACGAGAUGCUGAACAAGCGCUUCCGCUCGGCGCAGAAGAUCAUCGACCGUGAGGUCGACCAGGUGACCAACGUAUCGCGUCAGGUGGAGAAGGCCCUGGAGGCGGAGGAGGGACCAAUUCUGGCCGAGGUCACCAAGCUGGUGGACAACGUGGCCCAGAAGCUGCAGGUGCUCAAGCGCAAGGCCGAGGAGAGCAUCAACGACGAGCUGAGCGUCACACAGAUCUGCAAGCGCAAGCUGGACCACCUGAAGGGCAUCACACCCCCGAACAGCGUGUCUGGCGACCUGUGGCAGGGAUCCGUGGACCAAUGGAAGCGCAUCAGACUGGACCGCCUGGUCAUCGAACACCUGCUGCGCAUGGGCUACUAUGAAACGGCCGAAGAGCUGGCAGCCAAGUCCGAUGUGCGCCACCUGACCAACCUGGACAUCUUCCAGACAUCGCGCGAAGUCGAGGAUGACCUGGCUAGCCACAGCACCACUAAGUGCGUGCUCUGGUGCAUCGACAACAAGUCGAAGCUGCGAAAGAUCAACUCGACCAUUGAGUUCAGCCUGCGAGUGCAGGAGUUCAUUGAGCUAGUGCGUCAGAAUCAACGCUUUGAGGCAGUGAAGCAUUCGCGUCGAUACUUCCCCGCCUACGAGAAAACACAGCUCAACGAGAUCUGUCAUGUGAUGGCCCUGCUGGCCUAUCCGGCCGAUGCCCAGGCAGAUCACUACCGCAAAUACAUGGAUCCGCAACGCUGGCAAAAGCUAGUGCUGGACUUCCGCCACGAGAACUACCGCCUGUUCCAGCUGUCCAGCACGUCCGUGUUCUCGGCAGCCGUGCAGGCCGGUCUGUCGGCCCUCAAGACGCCCCACUGCUACGCCCAGACGUGUCGCAACCUCAACUGCCCCGUCUGCCAGGAGGAUCUCAACCGCAUCGCCCUCAAGUUGCCAUACUCGCACUGUGUGCAGAGCCGCCUCAUCUGCCGUGUGACCGGUCUGCCCCUGAACGAGCACAAUCAGCCGAUGAUGCUGCCCAACGGCCAGAUCUUUGGCCAGAUGGCCCUGCCGGACAUCACCAAAGACGACGGCACCGUGACCUGUCCGGUGACCAAUACCAAGUUCUCCAACCCCAAGGUCGAAAAGGUCUUUGUGAUGUAAGCGGCUCUGGACUCGACUUCCUCUUCCUACCCAACCGCACUAAGUUAAGCAAGGAACAACUCUAUUUUUGAACAUGUAACUCCAUAUCUAUUGUGUACACCUGUUUAAUAUUAUUACUAUUGAUAAGCCAUGAAGCGCCCGCGAACACCCUCGAUUUGAAUUCCGAUUUCGAUUGUUCGGAAGCCGAAUGCUGCUGCUGCGCAUGCGCAGGUCUAUUGAUUAGUUGACUCCACUCCGCAUCCACGGGCUGGUUUGUUUCGCAGUCAGCGCUUCGAGGUUGAUUCACGCGAACGGCGUAAUUCGACUCCGCCUCCAAAGUGGCACACUAUGCACACCUAACACAACUUAUAUAUUACAUUAAAAAACAAAUCAAAUAAAGGUUAAAUCGUACGAAAUAUGCCAGAA